AUUUUUUCCCGCUGCUGCAGCCCGUGCACAGUUUAUUCGCAUUCAAGGUCUAAACAAUUGAAACAAUAGCAAAAUGGCUCGUCGCGACUAUUUACAGGACAGAAGUCAGGGUAAAAUCAGCGUUGCGACUGCGGAAACCACAAAACCCAUGUCUCCACGCAGAAUCCAUCAAAACGUUCCUGUUGGAGUUUUGCAAGUGCGACGAUGACGGCAAGAAGAAAUUUGUUUAUGGCUCGCAGCUGGUGAAGCUGGCGCAUAGGGAGCAGGUCCUGAUCACCAUCGAUCUGGACGAUCUCUCGGAGUUCAAUGAAAACCUGGCCGAGGCGGUGAUCGACAACUGCCGACGCUAUGCGGGCAUCUUCAGUGAUAUGAUUGCCGAGCUGCUGCCCAGCUAAAAGCAGCAGGAGGUGCACGCCAAGAGCGUCCUGGAUGUGUACAUUGAGCAUCGCUUGAUGUUGUACGACCGCGUGCGCAAUCCCAUGGAGCAGCGCGAUGACCGCAAUAGCUUCCCGUCCGAGCUGAUGAAGCGACUGUCCACGAAGACCAUAGGCGAGGUAAAGGCCCAACACAUGGGCAAGCUGACGACUGUACGAGGCAUUGUGACGCGCUGCACGGAGGUGAAGCCCAUGAUGGUCGUGGCCACAUACAUGUGCGAUCGCUGUGAUUCCGAGACGUACCAGCCGGUGAGCUCGCUCUCCUUCGCGCCCGUCCACGAUGGUCCCUCGGACGAUUGCCGCGUGAGCAAGGCCGCCGGUCGUCUGUACUUGCAGACGGUACAAUUCGAUAAUUGGACUAAAAUAUAGUGUCACCAAAUAAUACCCAACUAAGAGAGACAGCGGUAGAGCAAUCACAUUCUGACAAAACAGCGCGACGUCCAACGUACCCGAGGAAAAAGCCGGCUUGGAAUACGCCUAUUCGGAGCGGAAAUAUGCAUAAAAGAAGGGAAGAAUAUGGGAUACUUUGGCAU